UGUAAGGGAACAAAACAACAAAAUCAUUGUACUCGCAAUCUUAAACACUCCGAACAAGUUUGCGUCACAGUCACACUACACUUACUCACUCCGGUGACCACCGUUGCCACCGCCAGUGAAUCCCUCCCACGGAGCUUAUAAAUUCCACGAAUUCCCAAUCACCACCGCCACCUCCGUUGCCAUGGCUAGGGUUCCGAUAAGUCAAUCUCCCUCAACGUCGGUGGUUUCCACCAUCAGAGCCUACGCGCUUCCUCUUAUUUUCUUCGCCGGUGCCAUGUUCUACCAACUCGUUGCUAUCCCCAAUGCCUUCCCUCCUUCCCGUUACGAUGUUCUGCAAAUUGAGAGGUACAGUUCCAUCGACGCUGUGCAGGAGGCUUACGAUAAGCUUGAAUCGAAAUGGAAUUCGGAUGUAGAAGUUUCUGAUAUUCAUGAGUUUAUAAAGAUUAGAUAUGCCUACGAGUUGCUGACAAAUCCUUUGUGGAAAAGAGACUAUGACAUAUUUGGCAUUGAUGAACAACUUCAUGUUGUUGAGAGUGCUAGAAAGCGUUAUGCAGGGAAAAAUAUUUCACAAUUGGACUUCCCUUUACUACAUUCCCCUUCCGGGUCUUUUGAUCAUUCAUCUAAAGUCACUGUAAGUGACUUUCUGUCUGCAAUUCCAGAUUCAAAGCCAUGGAUAAUUCAGCUGUAUUCAUCAGGGAGCAAUCGUUGUGCUGAGUUUUCUGAGUCCUGGAAUAAAAUUGCUUCUUUAUUGGAUGGUGUUGCAAAUAUUGGUGUGGUGGAACUUGGUGAGAAGGAGCUCGCUAUCUACCUUGCUGAUAAAAGAUCAACAGGAAAACCUUUUUUCAGAAAUGGAAUUCCAUCUCUUGUUGCCAUUCCUCCCGGAUGUCAUGCUGCAAAAUGUUUUAGAAGGUUUGAUGGUGAGCUUACAGUUGACAAGGUUACAAAUUGGUUUGCAACAACUGUAUUGACUUUACCUCAAAUUAACUACUACUCGAAGGAGUCACUGGUACCGAAUUUUCUUGGAAAAAGCAGUCAACAUAAGGUAAAAGUCAUCUUUUUUUCAAAAACUGGGGAGCGUGCUACUCCAUUUAUGCGACAGGCAGCUAAGGACUAUUGGGCUGAUGCUUCAUUUGCAUUCAUUCUUUGGCGGGAAGAGGAAUCUUCCUAUUGGUGGGGAGCUUUUGGGGUGGAAUCUGCACCUGCUAUAGUAUUUCUUAAAGACCCAGGUGUCAAACCGGUUGUGCACCAUGGGUCAGUGAACAAUACAUAUUUUCUGAAUAUGAUGGAAAAUAAUAAACAGCAAGAGCUUCCACAACUAAGGAGUGUGACAUCGAUGGAGCUAGGCUGUGAUCCUCGUGGCUACUCUCGUGCUGGAUAUGAUACAAUCAUUUGGUACUGUGCUAUUGCAGUAGGAAGGCCAAGUUUGGAAUUGAACAAAAUGCGUGAAACCAUGUGCAGGGUCCAAGAAACAUUGUCUAAGCACAGUGAGGUAGAUGCAUCAUCUGAAAAUCAAUCCUUAGCUCCAGCUGUGAAUGCAUAUAAGAGAAAGCGGUUGACAUUUGCCUGGCUUGAUGGUGAAAAGCAAAAGGACUAUUGUCAAUUUUACCUUGGUCCUGCGGCCAGCGAUCAUACUUGUGGACAAGGGAGGGGUUUGACAGAUAUUCCCCUCAUAUUCGUUAUUCGAUAUUUAAGGAAUAGCAGUGCUGUUGAUAAGAAGACACAAGAAAUGAAAAAGUGGAAAUCUGUACUGGUCCAAGAUCUAAUGGAUGAUUCUGAUCAGGCAGGCCAGUUUGUAGCUGGGUACAAGGGUGAAGUUGAUAUUUCACAGAUAACCGAGUGGCUUGCAAAUUUAAUUAAAGAUGGUGAUUCCAGAGAUUUACCAUUCUUUACACUACGAACUCCUAAGCUUGUUCCAGAUGACACAGAACCUCUCUGGGCCAAAACUUCACCCAUGAUUCCUUUGAAAAAUCUGAAGCAGAGUAUUCCGGGUGUUCUAAGUGGACUCUCAGUUUACCUUGAGGAUCCGAGAAUUGGUCCAGCUUUGCUUCUGGGAGCAUUAAUCUCUUUUGGCACCAUCUGGCUGCGAAGGAGCCAACGAGUUCGGCCAUCUCAACCAAAUCAACCAAGUCAACCUAGUGCAAAGCAGGCGCCUUCCAAGGAAGACAGAAAACAGAGACCGACGGACCGGGUCCGGAGUCGGUCAAACAAAAAAGCACCCCCUUCCAUGACAGAUUGGGAACCAUCUGAUGCUUACCAAAUGCCACUAUCAGAUUCUGAAUCUGAUUAGUUUAUCCUUGAAGGAAAGGGGUUUUUCAACACAUGAUGUUUCAUGGUCUGAAGCUGAAGCAGAUUUGUUUUUGGUUUGAAGCCUUAUAAGUUAUAAUAUUAUACAAGGCUGCCCCCAUUUCAACAAGUGACUAGGUCUUCCGGUAGAAACACUCACGAAUACAUUUUAUAUUUAUAAAACUGAGAUUGAGGUUGCAUGUACCAAACACAAUUUGUUUAAUGUUUCGAUUAGGCCAUUUAUUUAUGCUUGUCAAUGUCAAUUCAUUAGAUUAGACUAGAUAGAUGCUUUAACCAAAAUAAUGUGAAGAGUUUACCUUAAAUUCGUUCAUGUAAUGAUUUAGACACAAACACUGUAAAUGAGCAAUUGCAAAUUUAACUUUGAA